CUUUCAGCAGUAGUUAGUUGUCUCGGAGGAAGUUAAGUUUGUUUUUUGUUUAUUAAAAGUGGUCUGAUUUCAUGUGACUCAGAUGGAUCGUGUCGAUUCAGAAAGACACUCUGGAAGUGUUAUUUUGAGAAGAAGCACCAGAAAAUCGCCGAAUAAAGUCUUUGCAGUUGAUCUGAGAGCCAGAGGAGCGCUGAAGAGGAAGAGAGACGUCACAGUUCUUACCAGCAAUGAAGAGUGUGGCACAGAUGAAGGAUCUCAUGAGAAGAUUUCAAAGCUUCAGAUGGAGAACGAUGCAGGAGACGGACAUGAGAAUGGGGACCAAGAUAAUACGGUGGAAAUGGAUGUGGAGGAAGAUGAAGAUCAGAACCAAGACAUGAGUUCAGAGGAUGAAAGUGAAAAUUGUGAGGCAGUCGUGAAGACAAAACCUCUCAUCCAGGAGGAAGGGGUCAUCAGAUCACUGCGUGUAGGGAAUCUGGAAACGGAGGAGAUGAGGGCAUUCUUACGGCAGCAGAGAGACACACCUCAAAAGUCACAUGUACCACAGCUGCCCAAACUGUCAGAGUGUGGAGAUGCAGUUCAUGGUUCUCAGAUUUUAUCACGAGAACCCUCCAGAACAGGUCGUGCUUCUGUCAAUCUCAAACCACUGGAGAACAAGACAGACAUUUUGACAGUGAGGAGCAGCAUAAGAGAGUAUCGGAAUAAAAUGGAGGAGAAAGCCAGAGGUGUUUCUGGUGCUGAUCUUCAGGGCAGGGAUGGGUAUCCAUAUGUGAAAAGUUCCACAACAUACACACACAAGAAACCAUACACACACCACCAUUUUCCUGCUGAAAAACAGUCUGUACACCUUCUAAAUGCAGACGUAAGGAAACCAGUCAUUACAAAAGCAGGUUCAACUUCCCCUUCUAGAGCAGAUGCAUGGGGUGUGUGCAGGUGGCUUCAGUGGGCUGUGUUCCUGCUGGCCUCGCUUGCAUUGGGCUUAAUGGGUUAUCAACACCUUCCAUCCUCAUCCAGAACAACAACACAUCAAAACAGAUUGGUGGACAGUGCAACUCUUGAAACCCACUUAGCAGAACUAAAGCCGUUAUUCCCUAGCCAGCGACCAGAACUCUGGAAAAGGACCGAGAUCCGUCUUAAACACCACCUUAAUCUGACUGAUCCAACUGAACCAGUGAGUGUCAUCCUAACGUCUGGCCGUGGUGCUGAGACGACUCUGGGCUGUCUGGCUCGACAGUUAGCUGCAGCAUUUUCGAAUGCUCUCAACUCCUCAGUCCUGGAUAUUGAUGGAACCAGCAAAAGUGCACAAGAUAGCGACCAGGUUAAGUUGGACAUUGAUGAAGCACUGAAAGAGGCCUUUGAGGGUGGUACACAGGCAGCUGUUAUUCACCGUUUUGAAGAGCUUCCUCCUGGAUCUACACUCAUCUUCUACCGCUACUGUGAUCAUGAGAACGCAGCAUUUAAGAAAGUCUUUCUUGUUUUCACUGUGAUGCUUCCUGUUGCUGAGUUAGACUUCCAACUCGGUCUGAAGGAAGUGGAAGAGCAGGUACAAGAGUACUUGCAAGAGAAGUUUGUCUCCUCUGACAGGAGUGUUGAGUUUAACCGGAUGGAUGUAGACAAGCUAAGUGGGCUGUGGAGUAGAAUCUCCCAUCUCAUCCUACCGGUAGCUGCAGAGCAGAAGAUUGAACAGCAUGGCUGUGGAGAGUGAAUGUUCUAAAAACUGAGGGUUUUCACACCAGUAUUGUGCUACUGGAUGGUAAUAAUUGUAUUUGUGCAGCUAAAUGGCUGAUAUGUUCACGUAGUCAAGGUGCUCUUGAUCUCUGGAACAUAUUGUCAAAACUAAAUCUCAUCUCAUUAUCUCUAGCCGCUUUAUCCUGGAGUCAUAUAUAAAUUUUUUUGUUUGUUUGUUUGUUUGUUUGUUUGUUUCAAACGUGUGGGAUCUUUGGAAGGUAAUGUAUUUAAUGUCAUGGCACCAGUGUUGGAAUAACGCCAUGUUAAAUAUUCUUUAAAAUAAAAUGUAAAUACAGUAUAUAAUUUUUUGUUAUGCAGUUUUGCCCUAGCAUAAAUCAAGGACCAACAUCCAUUCUUCAUUCAGUUUUACUCCUUAUUUUUGUUAUAUCUCUAAUAUACUUUCUCCAAAAUAGCUAGAGUCGUCAGGGAUAUCCACAAGGCUCAAUUUCAACUGGAUUGCAGGUGUAAGGGUCGGCUCCUUGGACCAGACGAUUAAUUGACUGAAUUUAUAUUCUGAAAUUAUUUUUAGUGCUUUAUAUUUAGCACAAACUUUGUUGAGGCAAGGUUGGUUUUUAAGCCUUGUUCUGGCUUAAUAUUGUGCACUUCAUUAAAUUUUAUAAUGAUUAAAAUGAGAAUGUAUUUUUUA